ACAACACCAACUCCAAGAAUAACUGCUCCAAGAAUAGCAAUUCCACGAAUAAUUGAGAAGGCUAAAGUUAUAGAAAAAAAUAGAUUACUCAAAUUAAUGAAAAAUAAGAAUAAAAAGAAAGAAACAAAAAAGUGA